CUGGGACAUUAGAAAGAAAGGGAGGUCAGCAGUAGAACAGGGGACCCGAAGAAACAUCGGAUUGGACAAUGGCAACUUCCCUGCAGGCCAUGGGGGCAAUAGGGCUGUGCCUUUCGCUCUACGCUGUGUACGUGGAGCACAAGAAUGAGGAGGACUCUUCCUAUGAGGCGAUGUGCGAUGUCAGCGAGCGGAUGUCCUGCUCGAAGGUGCUAAUGAGCGAGUGGGGACACAUUUUGUCGCAGCUGGGGGUCUUGCCAAAGGGGCACCAGUUUGACCUUGCCAAUGCCACCUUGGGCGUGUUCUACUUUGCUGCAGUGUUCCUCCACCGUUUGUUUCCUCUUUCCUCCUAUCAAGCAAAGGCAAAGGUCGUCUUCGCCUUGACAUUUCCAGUCGUGGGCGUGUCUCUGUACCUCAUGUACAUCUUGCUCGUCGUGUUAAAGGAUAUCUGCCUGAUCUGUGUCAGCAUAUACGGCGUAAAUCUGGCCGUGUUCGUUCUCAGCUACCGAGGUUUACGCGGAAGUGCUCCUGGCCCCCGAACGUCCUUCGAUAGAAAAUCAGACUGAAACGUCCGAUCAAUCUCGUUCAUUCCCGCCUGGAGCAUGCUUGCCUGGGCUCUGGAGCUUGGGGGGGGACGGGCAGUUUCGUCCCUCUGCUCCCACUGGUUGUUGCUGGCGAGCAAAGGUGGGGGGAGCAACAGGUGAACACCGGACAUGGUUCUUCGGCGGUGACAACUGCAACUACCUCACUACUGCAAGAGCCUUGAGUGAUUUGUUGAACACAACACGGCACCUGCAGCACGGUCGUUUGCGAAGUUUCAUGUGGGGAUGCGGUCUGCUCAGCUUGUCGGGGCAGAGGGGCAGAGGGGCAGAGCGACUAUAUCCCAUCACCAGCACCUUCACAUGUAUGCUGUCGCCGCGCUACGUAGCAGCAAGGUUGUUUCCUGCGACCAAUCACACCAGUAGACGGACGACCGGAUGAGGUGACAUGCCCUCAGGGUGGGUGGUGCAUUGUGUGAUUUUGUUCUGAUCGUGCCGGAUGGGACGGCACUUGAGCUACACCCCGUUGGUGUUUUGUUGUUGAACUCAAUCAGCGAGCAAAAUCACUCGACGAAGCAAAGGAGGGGUUGGUCCCGAAGUUGAGAGAAGGGGGGGGGGGAGAGGUACAUAGAGAGAAGCAACGACAUGCGCACGGGCUGGCCGUUUGUCCUCCGGUAGACUUGUUCGGCAAACCGCUCGUAUGCUGUAGGCCGUUCGUUUGCUGCCGCCUGCCUGCGGGGGGGGGGCAUUGUCUGCGCAGUGGCAAAAAGUGACGAAGCGCACAUUUGCGCAUCUUACUCGGUCGAUAUGUCAUCCGAAUUGCUGGGUUGUUUCUUGGUUUCGAAAGGCCUGAUCUCGAAGCUAUAUUUUUUUUGGUAAUAAUUCACGUUAGGAACAACUUUGCUGGAAACGAAAAGUAUUCUUGGGGGGUAAACUUAACAAGAGUUGGGAGAACCUUGCCGUUCAUCAUUGUCCUGGACGAACGAUCCCUCCCUUUUCACCACUGUAAAACAGGCACCACAACAAGUC